AUGGUGGUGGAGAUGGUGGGGUGGGGUGGAAGAGGGAGGGUUGAGGUGAAGAGGGCGUUAUCAAGAGAGGAGCAACAAACUUCGGCGAGAUCUGGUAAUGCUAAUCAGGGUAGAAAUUCUGGAAGUGGUGGUGGAAAUAUUAGGACCAAGAAGAUUUUUGUUGGAGGGUUGCCUCCGACCUUAACUGAAGAUGGAUUUCGGCAAUACUUUGAGGCUUAUGGUAAUGUAACUGAUGUUGUAAUCAUGUAUGACCAGAACACUCAGCGGCCUCGUGGAUUUGGUUUUAUUUCAUUCGACAGUGAAGAUGCAGUUGAUAGGGUUUUGCACAAGAGUUUUCAUGAUUUGGAUGGCAAGCAAGUUGAAGUGAAGCGCGCACUUCCUAAAGAUGCUAAUCCCGGUGGGGUUAGCCGGACAAUGAGUGGUGGUGGUGGAGGAGGUUACCAGGCGUAUGGUGCUUCUGGUGGAAAUGUGGGUUCUUAUGAUGGUCGUAUGGACUCCAACAGGUACAUGCAAGCCCAGAGUACUGGAGCUAGUUUUCCACCUUAUGGCUCAUCAGGAUAUGGUUCACCUGGUUAUGGUUAUGGUCCUGCUAGUAAUGCUGUUGCAUAUGGUGGAUAUGGGAAUUAUAGUGGUGCAUCUGCUGCUUAUGGUGGCCCUGCAGGUGCAGCUUAUGGGAAUCCGAAUGCUGGUUUUGCAAGUGGCCCUCCUGGUGCCCCAAGAAGUUCAUGGGGUACUCAAACUCCUUCAGGUUAUGGUACUAUGGGUUAUGGAAAUCCUGCUUCUUGGGGUGCCCCAAAUGCCGGUGCUGGUAGUGGUGGUCCAGGUUCAGUGGCUACCGGUCAAUCUCCCACUGGAGCUGCUGGGUAUGGGAAUCAAAGUUAUGGAUACGGUGGGUAUGGCGGAAAUGAUGGAUCUUAUGGGAAUGCAGGUUACGGUGCUCCUGGAGGUCGUACUGGUGGUAAUCCAAAUAGUAAUUCUGGUUCAGGUGGGGGAGAUAUGCAAGGGAGUGCUGGCUACAUGGGAAGUGGAUAUGACGAUGCAAAUGGAAAUUCAGGUUACGGAAAUGCAUCAUGGAGGUCCGAUUCAUCACAAGGUUCUGGAAAUUAUGGGGGUAUUCAGGCAAAUGGUCCUCAUGGUGGACAAGUCGGUUAUGGUGGUGGAUACGGUAGUGCUCAGGGUCGACAAGCACAACAGUGAUUCCGGGCAUUUGAAAGACAACUUGAUCAUGCCUCUUUGUGACGGUUUCUUGUUCUGGGAGCAACAGUAGAGGCGCAAGUUGGAUCUCAAAUCUCCUUGGGGCUGGUUGGGUUGCUUGAAUCCCAGUAGUUUAAAAAUAUAUAAUUUGGCUAGUUAUAAUAAGUGCUUUGAGGCAUAAUGGAUGCCUUUCUUUGGUUUUGCUAUUGAGUGUAGUUUUUAAAUUUGGCUUGCUUUGUAUUUGUAUUCUCACUGCACCGCUACAUUAAUUAUCAAGCUAGUGUUUAAGCAAAUAUUAGU